AUGCUGAGUGCAGCAUUAUGCCCCAGAUUGUUGGCCAAUUCUGCCCAUUACUGGCUUCUCCAAAUGCUCCUGCUGGAUCUGCUGAUUCCAGGAGUCCUGCCCAGCAUCUCCAGAUUACCUCCUGCAGCAAAACGUGAGAUCAUCAUGGAUGGAGACUUGGUGAUUGGAGGUCUGUUCCCAGUGCACCAUAAAGGUGAGGGGAUGGAGGAUUGUGGUAAGAUCAAUGCGGAGAGAGGGAUCCAGAGACUGGAGGCCAUGCUGCUGGCGCUUGACGAGAUCAACUCCAGUGAUCGCAUCCUUCCUGGACUCACGCUAGGGGCCCACAUCUUGGACACCUGCUCGAAGGACACCUAUGCUCUGGAACAGUCCCUAGAUUUUGUCAGGGCCUCCCUUACCAAGGUGCAUGAUCCAGGCUUCAUCUGCCCAGACGGCUCCAGACCCAUCCAAAAUGACGUUCCCCUGGCUAUCUCAGGGGUCAUUGGAGGAUCCUACAGUGAUGUUUCCAUUCAGGUGGCCAAUUUACUGCGGCUGUUCCAGAUUCCUCAGAUCAGCUAUGCCUCCACCAGCGCAAAGCUCAGUGAUAAAACUCGCUAUGACUACUUCGCUCGCACCGUGCCUGCCGACUUCUACCAGGCCAAGGCCAUGGCUGAGAUCCUGCGUUAUUUCAACUGGACCUACGUGUCAACAGUAGCAUCAGAGGGCGACUAUGGUGAGACUGGCAUUGACGCUUUCCAGCAGGAGGCCCGUACUCACCAAAUCUGCAUUGCCACUUCAGCCAAGGUGAGCCGCUCCAUGAACCGCCAGAGCUAUGACAAUGUGAUCCGUUCCCUACAGCAGAAGUCCAAUGCCAAAGUGGUCAUCCUGUUCACCCGCAGUGAAGAUGCCCGUGAGCUACUGGUUGCUGCUGCUCGCAUGAACGUCACCUUUAUUUGGGUGGCCAGUGAUGGCUGGGGGGCACAGGAGAGUGUGGUGAGGGGCAGUGAGGUGGCAGCAGAGGGAGCAUUUACCAUUGAGUUGGCCUCCUACCCAAUCAGAGAGUUUGAAGACUACUUCACCAAGCUGAACCCUUACACCAACACAAGGAACCCAUGGUUCAAAGAGUUCUGGGAGCACCGGUUUGGCUGCAGCCUUGAGGAAGCCGGGUGCAGCAACCACAGCUUAAGAGAUAGAAUUUUUGAGCAGGAGUCCAAGAUCAUGUUUGUAGUGAAUGCAGUCUAUGCAAUGGCAUACGCUCUACACAACAUGAGGCAAGCAGUGUGUUCCAACACAUCCAAAGUCUGUGAUGCCAUGAAACCAGGUAAUGGCAAAAGGUUCUACAAGGAGUUCAUCCUGAAGACCAAGUUUGAAGCUCCAUUCAGACCUGCAGACACAGAGAACAUGGUGCGCUUUGACUCUGUUGGCGACAGCAUCAGCCGCUACAACAUCUUUCAUUACCACAAAGAAGAAGGGAAGUUUGUUUACAAGAAGGUUGGCUACUGGGACCAGAACCUGAUUCUGAACACUACCGGGGUAAACUGGCGUGGCCAUGUACCACCCACCUCUCAGUGUAGCGACCCUUGCAAGAAGAACGAGGUGAAGAGUAUGCAACCUGGGGAUGUAUGCUGUUGGAUCUGUAUCCCCUGUCAGCCCUACCAGUACCUGCAGGAUGAGUUCACAUGUGCUGAUUGUAGCUUUGGGGAGUGGCCCCUGGCUAACCUGACAGGCUGCUAUGAUCUGCCUGAAGAGUACAUUCGCUGGGAAGAUGCCUGGGCCAUUGGGCCUGUUACCAUAUCCUGCUUAGGUAUACUGUGUACUCUGUCAGUAGUGGGUGUGUUCUUCAAGAACAAUGAGACACCUGUGGUUAAAGCGAGUGGACGCGAACUCUCCUACAUCCUUUUGCUGGGUGUGUUAAUGUGCUACAGCAUGACUUUCAUUUACAUUGCUAAGCCUUCCACUGCCGUUUGCACCCUACGUCGACUAGGCCUGGGCACUUCAUUCGCCGUGUGUUACUCAGCUCUGCUUACCAAGACUAACAGAAUCGCUCGUAUCUUCAGUGGGGUGAAGGAUGGAGCCCAGCGGCCUCGCUUCAUCAGCCCAGCCUCGCAAGUUGCAAUCUGUGGCAUUCUUAUCUCCUGCCAACUUCUAGUGGCUGUUAUCUGGCUGGUGGUGGAGGUGCCAGGGGUCAGGAAGGAAGUAAGCCCAGAGAGGAGAGAUGUGGUCACCCUCAAGUGCAACAGCAGGGACUCCAGCAUGCUCAUAUCACUCACUUAUAACUGCAUCCUCAUUAUACUCUGCACUGUCUACGCCUUCAAGACCCGAAAGUGCCCUGAAAACUUCAAUGAGGCCAAGUUCAUUGGGUUCACCAUGUACACCACCUGCAUCAUCUGGCUUGCCUUCCAGCCUAUCUUCUAUGUCACUGCUAGUGACUACAGGGUGCAGACUACCACCAUGUGUAUCUCUGUCAGUCUGAGUGGUUCGGUGGUUCUCGGCUGCCUCUUUGCUCCUAAGGUCCACAUCAUCCUGUUCCAGCCCCAGAAAAAUGUGGCCACACUCAGAGUCACAGCCAACCGCUUCAGUGCGACAGUGUCUGCUUCAGCCUCUGCUCCUAGCUCCAGCUACUCUAAAGGAUCAGCUUCCAACUAUGUGCCAGCGGUUUGUAACGGCCGUGAGGUGGUGGACUCUACAACGUCCUCUUUGUGA